GUCGUUUCCUCAAACAUGCCCGGUGAAGUUUGGUGGGAGGAGAGACAUACAUUGUAAUCCUCCGCCUGCGGUAGCAGUGCUGAGGCCGGUAGAGCCGCCAUUUUGAAUGUGAGGUUUGUCCCCCUCCCUCCGUUAAAGAGAGAAAAUUCCAGUUUCUUCCUGGUGUUAUUGAGGCUGAGGAUGCCAGCUCCGAUCAGGCUGCGGGAGCUCAUCCGGACCAUCCGGACCGCUCGCACCCAGGCGGAGGAGCGGGAAAUGAUCCAGAAAGAGUGCGCCUCCAUUCGGUCGUCUUUCAGAGAGGAGGACAACACGUACCGCUGUAGAAAUGUCGCUAAGCUCCUGUAUAUGCACAUGCUGGGCUACCCAGCGCACUUUGGACAGUUGGAGUGCCUAAAACUGAUUGCAUCUCAGAAGUUCACAGACAAGCGAAUAGGCUAUUUGGGAGCAAUGUUACUGUUAGAUGAGCGACAAGACGUCCAUCUACUAAUGACAAAUUGCAUCAAGAAUGAUUUAAGCCACAACACUCAGUAUGUCCAGGGCCUGGCCUUGUGCACGCUUGGCUGCAUGGGCUCAGCAGAGAUGUGUCGUGAUCUGGCUGGCGAGGUGGAGAAGCUUCUCAAAACAUCAAACUCUUAUCUAAGGAAAAAGGCUGCGCUCUGUGCGGUUCAUGUGAUCAGGAAGGUGCCAGAGUUGAUGGAGAUGUUCCUCCCAGCAACGAAAAACCUGCUGAGUGAGAAGAACCAUGGUGUUCUUCACACGUCCGUUGUUCUGCUCACAGAGAUGUGUGAACGGAGUCCAGACAUGCUCUCUCACUUUAGAAAGAAUGAGAAGCUGGUUCCGCAGCUGGUCAGAAUCCUGAAGAAUCUCAUAAUGUCGGGAUACUCCCCGGAGCACGACGUGUCGGGCAUCAGCGACCCUUUCCUGCAGGUGCGGAUAUUGAGGCUGCUCAGAAUUCUCGGCAGGAAUGACGACGACGGCAGUGAGGCAAUGAAUGACAUCCUUGCACAGGUCGCAACCAACACAGAGACGAGUAAAAACGUAGGCAAUGCAAUCCUUUACGAAACAGUCCUUACCAUAAUGGACAUCAAAUCAGAAAGUGGACUGAGGGUCCUAGCAAUUAACAUCUUGGGGCGCUUCCUGUUGAAUAACGACAAAAAUAUUAGAUACGUGGCCCUGACAUCACUGCUGAAGACGGUACAGACAGAUCACAAUGCGGUGCAGAGACACAGGAGCACCAUUGUGGACUGUUUGAAAGACCUGGAUGUGUCAAUAAAGAGGCGAGCCAUGGAGCUCAGCUUCGCUCUUGUGAACGGGAACAACAUUCGCGGGAUGAUGAAGGAGCUGCUCUACUUCCUGGACUCCUGUGACCCAGAAUUCAAAGCAGACUGUGCAUCCGGAAUCUUCCUUGCUGCGGAGAAGUACGCACCUUCGAAAAGAUGGCACAUAGACACGGUCAUGAGGGUCCUGACAACGGCAGGGAGCUAUGUGAGAGAUGACUCCGUUCCCAACCUCAUCCAGCUGAUCACCAACAGCAUGGAGAUGCAUGCGUACACCGUGCAGAGACUCUACAAGGCCCUGCUGGAUGACGUCUCCCAGCAACCGCUGGUGCAGGUUGGCUCUUGGUGCAUUGGAGAGUAUGGAGACCUGCUGGUGUCAGGACAGUGUGAGGAGGAGGAGCCUAUCCAGGUUACGGAGGAUGAAGUCCUGGAUGUUUUGGAAGGUCUUCUGGCGUCCAGCUUGUCCUCCACGGUGACUCGGGGAUACGCCCUAACUGCGAUCAUGAAGCUGUCCACACGCUUCAGCGGUGUUAAUCGAAUCAAGAAGGUUGUGUCAGUGUAUGGCAGCAGCAUAGAUGUGGAGCUGCAGCAACGAGCGGUUGAAUACAAUGCCCUGUUCAAGAAGUACGAUCACAUGAGGUCUGCCUUACUUGAGAGAAUGCCCAUCAUGGAGAAGACCACCGCCAAUGGUCCCACAGAAGCGGCGCAGACCAAUGGGGAGGUGGAGCCCUCAGCACUGGACUCAAAAAGCUUGCCCAGUGUCCCACAGCCCACUGGCCAGGUUAAUGAUCUAUUAGAUCUCCUCGGAGGGAAUGAUGUAGUGCCUGUGAUCCAGACGGCCCCGCCCACAAAGCCUGUCUCUGCUGGAGGAGAGCUGUUAGACCUGCUGGGGGAUCUGUCUCUGUCAGGGGGUCCAGCCCCUCCCCCUGUGGCUGCCCCGCCCAUGUCUGUUUCCCAGCCUGCCUUCCUGCUGGACGGCCUCUCCUCACAGACCCUGUUUAAUGACGUAGCUGCAGGUAUUCCACCGAUGACAGCUUACAAUAAGAAUGGCUUAAUAAUAGAGUUCACGUUUGAAAGGUCCAAUCUGAAUCCAAAUAUUACUGUUAUCACCAAUCAUGCCUCCAACAGCACUGAGGCAGAGAUGACCGAGUUCGUGUUCCAGGCCGCAGUACCAAAGACUUUCCAGCUGCAGCUCCUCUCUCCCAGCAGUAACGUCGUCCCCGCACUCAAGCAGGGCACUGUCACACAGGUCAUUAAAGUGCUCAACCCCCAGAAGCAACAACUGCGAAUGAGGGUCAAGCUGACAUACACCCACAAAGGGUCUGCUGUGCAAGACCUGGCUGAGGUCAACAACUUCCCUGCUCAGGCCUGGCAGUAAUGGGCUGCCUGCCUCCGUGCUCUUAAAGACCCUGCCACAGGAGCUGUGGGACAGGGCCUCUAACCGAACGGCUGGCCCCCACUGCGGACUUACCCCCCCAGGGCAGCGGUGGGGAGACAGUGGACAUCUCACAUACCACAGUGCUGAUGAAGGUCUGACCAUGACACAAAGACAGCAUCAAAACAAAAGCAUCCAUCACAUAUCGGUUUAAUACGUCUGAUGGGUUUCACCUACAUCUGCAAAGAUGUCUGCUUCCAUAGGCACUACUGCUGUCCCAGUCCCUCAUACGCACACACUGAACUGUCCGCCACCCCUCCCUCCCACACACAUCGUCAUGGACAUUCACCCUUUGGGUGACUGUGGUAAGCUGCCCCUUGAUUUAAGCUGUCGUCCUGGUUAAAUCAACCUUUGUGUUCUGUAUUUUUUUUUAUUGGAAUCUGUAGUCAACGGUUACGAUGAUUUGACCUUUUUGAACUGCAACUGAAGUUAAUGAAUUUUGCACUUUAAUCUCUCUCUGAGUCUGUGCACCAUGCAGAAUUAAGAAAGUACUAUUUCCUGAUUGGGCUGGAAUCUGUUUGGGUGUUCUGGAAUUUCAUCAUUUUUCCACUUUGGUGUCUCAAGAUCUUAACUUAUUUUGUUUAAUAAAGAUUAUCAGCCUUUUGGUCAAAGCACAGGUUCUUUGGUCCCAAUACAGUUUUUCUUGUUAAGGGUUGUGGUUCUGAAGGAUCCAAGGACCGAAAUGCACUUUUGCUGAAUUUGCCCUGCGCAGAUUCCUGCAGCUACGUUGGAGAUUUCAGUGAAUUUAAAAAACAUUUUUUGCGUGUGGGUUUCUGAUGCUACAUUCUUGUAGUAAUGACACCCUUUCAGCUUUAUUCACUUGUUGAGGGAUUCAGUCUUUCUUCAGUGAAGUGUAAGUUAUGACUUUUCUUUGCAAAUUGCUUUUUGGUAUAAAGCUAAAAUGUUUUUGACCCCUUGGAGAACAAAGCUGAAGGGAUUUACUUGGGUUGAGAUUGAGCACAUCUUUAUUCUUGGAAGAGAAUGAAAGAAUCUGCUUUUCCUGGUGGUAUACAUGGUAAAUGUUGGAGGCUAGCUGGCAAAACUUUUCAUUCAGUGGGAAUGCCCAAAGGCACAAUCAUUAUAAGAUUGAUUUCAAUUUUUGUCAUCCAUUUUUAAUUUCAGCUGAAACCAGAAAAAGGUAAUUAAUACAGCAGAUUGGAAGAGCGCUAUAUUUGAGAUUUGUGUCACUUGUUUGGUUUGCUAUUUAGACUGAAUCAUUUUCUUCAGAAGAGGAUAGUUUUCUAAUUUCAAAUAAAUGGACUGAAGCCACGAUAAAUUGUAACAUUUAAAGUUUGAAAUGAUACUGUAUGCUGAUUAUGGGUCUCUAAAGACUAUGUAAAUUUAAGAACUCUGUGCCCACUAGUUGCUAUGUUCUUCAUGCCAUAAUUAACUAGCUGCAGCUGUACUGCACUAUCACAUUACUUUUUAAUGAACUCUGUAAAGACACCUACCUUAAAUGGUUGAGAGUCCCCUUCACCAAAAUACCUUUUUUUAUCAGUUUGUAUUGGUAGCCUUGAAUGUAGUCCUACGCACCAAACAGCUUUCUGUGUUUUUUUAUCUCUUAAACUUUUAUCUUAACCCUCUCUCAUCCUGUUCUUUUUUUCUUUUUUUUUGGAAGGAAACAUUUUAAUGUAUUUUUUGUUUGUUUCUGUUUUCAAUUUGUGGGCACGUAGUUGAUUUCUUGUCAGUCCACAGUCAUUCAUAUCCUAGAAAUGCCUAAUCUAAAGUAAUGUGCCUUUUGCCAUUCUGUAAACAGAAUCCGGAGUAGACCUGUCUUAGGUAUGGUCACUGUAGAUGUCAGGUCAUUGUGAGUCCAGAUUCAGAGAUUAUGUCCCGACUUUUGAGGUUGUGAGAGGAAGGAUGUAAGUCGUAAGACUUUGACCACUGCUUUUACAUCUGCUUAUAAACUUGCAGUUUAGGACGUGUUCAACUGCUUUUCAAAAUCCCAUAUCAGAAUGAAUGUGGAUUCCUUGGCUGCGAGACAUCUCCAAAUUACAAUACAAACUGAGCUAAUGGAAACAGACAGUGCACCGCAAUGUUGUCUCUCUUCUGUGAAUUCCAUAAAUGUACCUGCGCAGUGAGCACUACAUCGUGUCGUUUUCCUGACCGCAUCUAUCAAAUGUUUCCGGCAUCAGUGUGAAACCCUUUUACAUGCACUGCAUGUACAGAAGCACCUUUUUUGUAGGAUUUUUUUACUUUCCUAUUUCUUUGCUAACAUCUAACUUUCGUGACCAAAUAGAUGUAACUUUGCUUUGGAAAUGAAAUCUCUCUCCAAUUCUGUUUCUGCAGAGACAUGACUUAUCCAUUAGUUUUUUGUUUUGUUUGUGUUGAGUGAAUGAUUGGGUGCACUCUCUGCUUUUUCUGUAUAUGGUGAGUGUUUUUAGAUGCGUACAUCUCCCAUCACCCAUCCCCCAUCCCCCAUCCCUUUUUAAAUACAGUUUUCUAAGACUGUUCCAGUGAGGCACUAGCUGUAUACUCUCUGAAAUUGCUCUUAGUCAACAUCUUGAUAGCCUAAUUAAAUGGCUUUCCCUUUUCCUGUGUACAUUAAAAACUAAAUUAUAGUAUCUGCUGCCUGUAUGAUGUAUAUAAUUGUAAAAGGAUACAUAAAAUAAAAUGAGAAAUAUUAAAAAACAGACCUGGUUAAAGAUUAGUAAGGGAAAGCAAAUGUGUAUGCGUGUCCAUGUGGGAAAGGUUUGAGUGUUUUAAGCACUGAUGGGUAUAAAAAAUGUUUACAGAUGAGUACACAGCAUAGUAAUGUUCAAAGACAAGACACCCAUUAGCCAGCGAUUCAUAUGUUCAUGCUGAAAAGAGAACAUGUCCCAUCCCACAAUGUCAUAAGUUGUCCACAGUGUGGCCAAAACUAAUGGAAUACAAUUAGAAUGUAAUCUGGCCUGCAGGAUCGUUAAUAUUACAUUUGUACAUGUGGCUUUUUCUGAGGGUAAGUUGAGUUGUCUUCUUCAUGGCUUUUUCUUUAUAACAGUUUUCUGAUGUUUUUUUUUUUUUUUUUUGGAAUUUGGUGAUAUUUAUUUACUAAUUUAUUUUGACCUUUGGACAUUCAAAUUAAAUUGUAAUGGGUUCAUUGGACAAAAUGUUAGCCAUUAUCUUUUGGUAAAAUGUUCUCCCUGUAUAACCAAAUUCCUUAAGUACAGUGAAGAAUUAAAAUUUCCCAGGUAUCACUGAUGAUUUAGCCAAGAAUAUAAUGAAUCAUGUGCUUUUUGUCAGUCAGCUGGAUGACUCCGCAUUGGUUGUUCAAAAAACCCAAAAAUCUUCCCUUUGCUUCAUUAAAUAAUAUCAUUCACUUUG